ACGUCAACAACACGUGUUUUUUAUGUUUAUAACCCAAUUUUAAAAAUUUUUUACUCCUUAAUUAUGUCUGUUGAAGAAAGUUGUGGUAAUUAUGAAUCGGAAGAAGAAAUAAAUCGCCUUUUUAACUUAAAAACAUCACACAUAUUUCACAAAGAAAUAGAUAAAAAGUGCUACAUAACCGAUAUAUCUGGAUCAAUAAUUAAUUCAAACGUUGCUGUUGCCCGUUCAGAUCAUGUUUUGGAACUAUAUGAUGUAUCAAAUAGCAAUAUUUAUUUAAUUAAAAGUUUUCAAACUGAUUAUGAUAUUGUUGAUGUUAAAAUAAGCCCUGAAAAUGAAAGAAUAUUUUAUGUAGGUACAAAUGAUUGUAAAAUAAGUGUUUGGGAUAGUAGAUUAAAAACAAGUGUAGUAAACAUUUUUAAUGAUACAACAGUGGAUAAUGAUGGUCCUUCAAAAAUAUUGAGCUGUUUUGAUAUAUCAUCAAAUAACUUAUUAUUAUCUGGUGGAACAGAAUUAGUUGCCACAGACGCUUACAUAUUAUUUUGGGAUAUAAGACAAUGCAAAUUAAUGGGUGCUUAUUGGGAAUCACACACAGAAGACAUCACACAAGUUCUUUUUAAUCCCAAUGAUAUGAAUCAAUUAAUAUCUGGUUCUAAUGAUGGUUUAAUAAACAUUUACGAUUUAUCACAAUCAUGUGAAGAUGAUGCAUUAAUAGAUUCAUUAAACACCAUGUUAUCCAUUUCUAAAUUAAAAUGGUAUAAAGAUAAAAACACGGAUUGUAUAUGUUGUAUAACACAAUCAGAAGAUUUGCAAUUUUGGAAAAUGGAUGAUGCAAAUCCUUAUAAAAGUUUUAAUAAAAGCGAUCUUCCCUUUAUAUUGAAGGGAAGCAAUAAGGAAGAAGAUUAUUUUUAUGUUGCCGAUGUUUUUCAAAAUCCUAAAAACGAUUGUAUCAAUGUUUUAAUUGGGCGAGAUAAUGAAGAAACAGAAAAUUUAGGAGGGUUUCGUUUUGCAAAGAAUGAACUUGUACCCACAUAUAAUUUUAUUGAAAAUAAACAAAUUGUGAGAUGUUCUUGGUUUAAUCAUAAUGGUAAUUUUUUGAUUACUGGUGGUGAAGCUGGCGCUUUAGAUCUUUGGAAUUUAGAAAAAGAUGAUUAUUCUAAUGGAUUUUCUUCAUUUAGGUAAUUAAUAAAGAUGGAGAAAUUAUAAAUUUUGAUUUUUUAUUUUGUUAUGGUUAAAUAAACUGAUUCAGUUGAACUUAUAAAUUGAGUUCAUGCAUAA